GGAAAUUUACGUACGACUUACUUUGCAUCGCACCACAAGAAAUGGCGGAAUUUUCAACUUAAAUUCCAAGUAUCAAAGACAGUAGAAUCGCUGGACUCAUAAUACAGUUCAUAAAAUGGAGGACGACACCUGCCAUGGGUUACACAACUUGUCCAUUAGUGAGGAAAGUACACUUGCCCAGUGUAUUCAAGAGAAGUACUCCCGACUAAUUCUACAAUCAAAGGAUUUAGUUUCUGUGGGAAAAGUUAGAGAAGCUUUAGAGUUAAAUCAGAAGGCCUAUAGGUUGUGUCCCUCGGACAAACUACUCAGAAAAAUCCAGCGUAUGCAGACAUAUGUGAAAGAAAAUUCUACUGAUACUCAAAAGGAAGAUGAAACCAGUGAAUUAGCCAAAAAUCCAACAGCUAUUUCAUCAAGAAAAGAAAGGGCAUCUUCAAGUUCACCAAGCAAUGGAGUUUUGCCUCCAAAAAGACACCUCUCCUCUGUCUCUGCCGACACCUCAGGUGUUUCCUCCCCCUCAGUACAGGCCGAGCAAAACCUGUCCGAGGAAGACCAGGUCAGGUAUGCUAUGUUGAUAUCAGAAGCCAAACAAAGAGUGGAGGAAAAGAACAUCCCCCAGGCUCUGUAUCUCAACAAGCAGGCCUUGAAGAUCUUACCCAGCGAAAAACUUCAGCGAAAGAUUCAGCGCAUGCAGGCAUAUAUGCAACAGAAUAAUUUAUCUGAAGUUUCAGAUGGUUUGGAUGAACCCAGUAAAGAGACAUCACUAGAAUGCAGAACAGGUUCCACUUCAUCAUCAUCAGCAUCAGAAGAUAAACCAGACAUGGAUGAGGGGGAAGAUGAUCAAGCUAAAUUUGCCAGACUGGUCUCUGAGGCCAGGGAUUUGACCUCAAAAGGUCAAGUGAAAGAGGCCCUAGGAAUGUACAAAGAGGCACACAAAAUCAGUCCCAGUGAUAAACUGAGUCGAAAGAUGGAGAGAAUGGAGGAAUACUUAAAACAGAAUGAGUGUACGAGUGAAAAUGUUGACACAAAGGACGCAGAGAAAGAGCAAUCAGUGGAGUCAUCCCGUCCCAAAGAAAUGACAGAGAGUGACGAGGGGACAGAGAACCAGUUUAAACAGCUGGUCUCCCGAGCCAGGGACCUGACGGCAGAAGGACACGUGAAGGAAGCUUUGAGUUUGUAUCGGCUAGCAGCGGACAUCCAGCCAAGUGACAAACUAUCCCGUAAAAUGCAAAGAAUGGAGGAGUAUUUAAGAGAAAAUGGAAUUCCAGUUGAUGAUAAUUCAAGUAAAGGAGAGACUUUAGAUACAGAAAUGGAAUGUGACAAACCAGUACAAACAUCUGACCACAUUGCUCCUCCUCAACACAGCCCCACUUCACAAGACCGAGCCCCUCCCCUAGGAACCACCCCACUACAAGACCGAGCCCCUCCUCCAGGAACCACCCCACUUCAAGGCCGUGCCCUUCCCUCCUCCACGGAUGUCACAAGUCUUAGUGAGGAUGACCAGAUCCAGUUUGCCACCCUGGUGUCUAAAGCCAAGGAACAGAUGUUGCAGGGAGAGGCAGCCGGGGCGCUACAGUCCUACAGACAAGCCUCCCAGAUCUACCCCAGCAACAAACUACAGGCCAAGAUCCUCAAGUUACAGAAUUUUCUGAAAGAAUCACAGACUUCACAGGAAACCAGUAAUGUGAACAUUGCAAAUUCCCCAAGAAGAAUCAAAGAGAACACUCCUGUCAGAAGACCGUCCGGAAACGGCCAAUCAGGAGCUCUGUCUGUGGACCAACAGCGCAAAUAUAAUGAGCUUGUGAUGAAGGCGAAAAGGCUGGCCACAGAUGGAAUGAUCAAAGAGGCCCUGGAGUGCAAUAAAAAAGCCCUAAAAAUCUGCUUCAGUGACAAGCUUGAAAAGAGAAUACAAAAAAUGGAGUCCUACCUUGCUAGUAAUGAUGAUGAAGAGGAGGGUGAGAAUGGAGGAAUGGUUCCCCUGGGGAAGGGCUUCUACCUGUACAAGGACCUGGAGAAGAACCUGUAUGCCCACCAGAAGCAGGGGGUGCUGUGGAUGUGGGGGCUUCAUCAGAAGCGUAAGGGAGGGAUACUUGGUGACGACAUGGGGUUGGGUAAGACGAUUCAGGUGAUAUCGUUCCUGUCGGGGCUGUUUGACAUGGAGAAAGUCCACUCCGUGCUGAUCGUAAUGCCAGUAUCUGUCAUCGGGAACUGGGAAAAGGAGUUUGGGAAAUGGGCACCAGGCAUUAAAGUGGAAUCAUAUCACGGGUCAAAGAAAGAAAAGGAGCGAUCAUUGGCCAAGAUUCGAAGGAAGGGAGGAGUGUUACUGACCUCGUAUGGAUUGGUGGUGACCAGCUGGGAGAUGAUGAGUCAGCAGGAUGGGCGGCCCUUCAGAUGGGAUUACUUGAUUCUAGAUGAGGGUCACAAGAUAAAGAACCCCACAAAGACAACGAAGGGGGUCCAUCAGAUCCCUGCCGGUCACCGAAUCCUGCUGACUGGUACCCCCAUACAGAACAACCUCAGGGAAAUGUGGUCCCUAUUUGACUUUGUUCAUCAAGGAACUUUACUAGGCACUGCGAGAACCUUUAAGAUGGAGUAUGAGAACCCAAUAACCAGGGCAAGGGAGCGAGAUGCCACAGCCAAUGAGAGAAGACUUGGAAUGGAAAUGGCGGAAAGCUUAAAACAGAUUAUCUCCCCUUAUUUCUUACGGAGGACCAAGGCUGAAGUUACUGACAAUGAGGCCAGGGAGGGACAGAAUUCCUCCUCAUCAACCCGGACCUUGAACUAUUGCAAAGACCUUCAAAUGCCGACCAUGACUCGUAAGAAUGACUUUAUCAUCUGGCUGUUCCUGACCCCGGACCAACAGAGGAUAUACGGAGACUUCCUGUCCCUGGAUACCGUCAAAGAGCUGCUGAUGACCAAGAAAUCUCCACUGGUGGCACUGACUGUCCUUAAGAAGAUCUGUGACCACCCCCGCCUACUGUCUAGGAGAGCCUGCGCCCAGCUGGGGCUGGAUGGAGAACAUGGCUUGAAUGACUCGGCCCUGGAGUCUGAGGAGGGUUAUCAGUGUGCGGCCAAUCAAAUCAAAAACAUGCCGGACAACGUCCUGAUCCAGGAGUCCGGGAAACUGAUCGUCAUCAUGGACCUGCUGGACCAUAUGAAGCGGGAGGGACACCGCUGUCUGGUGUUCUCUCAGUCCAGGAAAAUGCUGGACAUUAUCCAUCAGCUGAUCACCAACAGGGGACACAAAGUCAUGAGACUGGACGGCACCAUAACUCAGCUGAGCGAGAGAGACAAACGAAUCGCCACGUUUCAGGAGGACAUGAGUUACUCAGUGUUUCUUCUGACAACUCAAGUGGGAGGCGUUGGCCUGACCUUGACAGCUGCUGACCGAGUCAUCAUUUAUGACCCCAGCUGGAACCCGGCCACCGAUGCUCAGGCUGUGGACCGAGUGUUCAGGAUCGGGCAGGAUAAAAAUGUUGUCAUCUAUCGCCUCAUCACUUGUGGAACUGUUGAGGAGAAAAUAUACCGCAGGCAGAUAUUCAAGGACUCCAUCACACGCCAGACUACCGGCAAUACCAAGAACCCCUACAGGUAUUUCACGAAACAAGAGCUGAAGGAGUUGUUUACCCUGGACAACCCGCGGAUCUCCAAGACCCAGCAACAACUGGAGGAGAUGCACAGCCAGCAGAGGAAGACGGACUCCUCCCUGGACGCUCACAUCGCAUUUCUGUACUCACUCGAUAUCUUUGGGAUCAGUGACCAUGACCUGAUGUUUACUCAGGAGAAGUGUGACUUUGAGGACGAAGGUGAGGCUGAAGUGGACCCUGGGACAGAUUACAUACAGCACAGAGUACAAAAGGCCAAGGAGUUGCUACAGAUGGAGUCAGAUUUGACGCAAGAUUUUGAACAAAGAGCUGGUAAAUAUCCAAGAAAUGUUCCCUCGGGACCAGAGGAAUCAGGGUCCCAGAAACCAUUCUCCCGCCCCUGGGGAGACUGGAACCUCCAGGGCACUGUCAACACACAGGAAGAGGGGGAGGAGGAUGUCAAGGAUGUACAAGAGAUUGACCUUGAUGCAGAAAAUGACAGUGAGGAUGAUGAAGAAGGAGAAAAGGAGCAAGAUUUAAGGGAAGUGAAGAGGGAGGUGAUGGACACUAGUCAUAUUGACCUUGUGACUCCUGACCCAACCCCAGUCAAAGCAAGCAAAGUGGUGGAUCUAACAUCUUCUUCCACAAAACCUGGUGCAAGAGUGAAGUUAGAACCAGAAUCACCUAAGAUUGAAAUGGAGAGUGAGAGUUAUGAUAGGAAAGAAAUCAAGAUGGAGGUUUUGAGUCCAGAUCAUCAUUCAGAAAAGGCUGAAGAAUCAGAUGAUGAAGUACAGGCUAUUGAAAAUAUACAAAAUUUGUCUAUUCAAGGGAGUCCAAAAGGCACUCCUAGGCACGGAAAUGACAAUGAAAUGUUACAACAUAAAACAGACAUUGAAGAUUUGAACUCCAGUUCUCACUCAGAUGUUAUUCAGGCUGAUAACCUGGAAGAGACAAUGGAGGACAGAGAAAAUAUCAAUGAUGAAUUUGUUGUCAAGGAAACAGGAAGUGAUGAAAUGGAGGAGAUCAUUGUUGAUUCAGAAGAUGAAGAAAAUAAAGAAAAUGUUCCUCUUUCACAGAUUCUUGCAUCAGCCAAAAGAUCGUCUGAUAGUUUUAAACUUAACAGAUCCAUCGAUGGCCAGCCAAGAUCACCUCUAGCUCCAAUCAUUCUAUCCCCGGUGGUAACUGACUCACCUGCCAAAAAGAAACCAAGAAGAAGUGUAUCUGCAAGUCCCUGGCUUAGAAACUCACCAGUGAAAAGAGUAGAAAAAGUUGUAAAAGAAGAGCAAGUGUUUAUAUCACCUGACAGAUUCAGACCAUUAAUGGGAACAACACCAAAAGGCUUCAGUGACAUGGUUAGAAGUGGGAGUAACUUGAAUUCCACCAUCCUAUCUGCUUUCUCUGAGAGUCCACAGGUGGCAAGAAAGGAGUUGGACAUGGACUCACCAUUAGAUGGAAAGAGGACCACUUCCAGGCUGCAGGAGACUCUGGUUGAGGAAUCUCCAGAUCGUCAAGGUCUUUCAGCAGGACUUCAUUCAAGUUUUGUUCCAAAUUCUUUAGAAAACACACCCAGUGUUACUCCUUCCAAUGACAUUUCAAGAAAUAAAAGUAUAGCUAUUGAGGAAACGGAUGAGGAAUCUUCACCAUUAAAAUCAGUGUCCAUCUCCAGAAAUGAGAGUGUUAUGGAAUCCAGUGUCCUGAGUGAUGAUGAGGGACAGUUGGAGGAAGUGCGUGACAGUGACCCUGAACAGUCCCUUGUGGAGAUAGACUCUGACAAUAGUUUACCGUGUCUUUCUGUAAAAAAGAAGCCUUUUAGAAAAGCUGUUAUUGUGAGUGAUUCAGAGAGUGAUGCUGAGGAUUUGAGGACAGAGAAUGAGGAUGUGGAGGAAGCAGUAGGAAGUGAUCAAAGUGAGAACAGGAAGAAGAGGAAGUCCUCGGAGUCCAGCAGUUUGCCACAGUCCAAGUAUGCGAUGUUAUCCAGCUCUGACAACGAACAAUCUGAGGAGCAGGAGAACAUAAAGAGUGAUGAGGAGGAGGAGGACUUGAUGAGUGAUGAUCAUGAUGAGGAACAGGAGGAGGAGGAAGAGGACUCAAUAGACAUUGAUGUAGAUAGUGAGGAUGAAGAUUUUCAAGAACUCUCUGAAGAAUCAAAAGAGCAGUAUCGUGUUGCUACACAGAGAGCAAAGGAAUUGUACAAGUCCAGUGAAUAUGAACAGUGCCUGGGAUGUAUCUUACAAGCUUUAGAAAUAUACCCUGAAAACACAGCGCUGCAGGCUUUCGCUCUUCAGGUGCAUGCCAAGAAAGAAGGUUAAGACUGUCAUUUUAAUAAGGCAAAGGCCAUUCAGUUUCUUGAGUUUAUUUUUGAAAAAAAAAAACUUUGUAAAAGACUGGUGUUGACUGAAAGAAAAAAAUCAAGAUCUGAUAAUGCUUACUACUAUUGAUUACUCCUUCCUGUAUUUUUAAUCAGCAAUUUUUAUUAUACUUUUGUUUCCAUAUUUUUUUCCAUCUGUUAAGAUCUUAUAAUGUAUCAGAUAAUACAAGAAGCAUUUCAAAUUGAUGUUGGGUUUUUGGUCCAUUUGAAGAUUGUACAGUCCCUUACAUUACCUGUACAUUGUACAUAUUUCUCUGUGAAGUAAAAACACACGAAUUUGUGUUACAUCCUAUACUUGAAGUUGUAAUGUUUUUGAUAAUCAGCAGAAAUAAAUCAUAUGAUGAUUAAA